UUCCCUCCCCCGCCGGGCUGACGUGGCCCGGGCCCGGCUCGGACAUGGCGGACGGGAGCAGGCAGAGCAAGCUGGCGGCGGCCAAGAAGAAGCUGAAAGAAUAUCAGCAGAAGAAUAGUCCUGGAUUAACUGCUGGAGCCAAGAAGAAACGUAAAAGUAAAGAUGGAAGUAGACCGGAGACUCCAACUAACGACGGCAGGGAGUCUCCUGAAAACAUUCAGAACAUUCUGAAGGUGCUGGUGUCAGACUUUAACCGCUCCAAUGGGGUAGCCAUACCUUCAUUGGACAAGAGGAAGGCAUACUGUGAUGGUGGUGUUUCCACUCAUAAUGCUGAACAACUUGCUGCUGGUGUCCCCACGUUGUCUAACAGCAACAGUGUGUCUAGCUCUGCCGCUCCAGGUCCUGCUAGCAUGCAUCUGCCACAGAUCUGUGAUUCUGAUAUUCAUGCAAAUGCCUUGGAGGAAAAUAGGUCCCUCUCCUUGACAGAAAGUCUCCGCCAGCUUUCUGAGCAGCUUAAUGGCAUGGUCAAUCAGCCUACAUCCUAUGUGAAUGGGGAAAGUUCCACGUCUUCCACGGAUAUGAAGGAGAUGGCGACCCGUUACCAGGAGCUGGCAGUAGCCCUAGACUCCAGCAAUCUAACAAACAAACAACUCAGUACAAAGAUAGAGGAAUUGAAACAGCAGAACCAAGAGGCCAUGAAUCAGCUGGAGCAGGAAAAGAAGGGGUUUGAGCAGAAAUUCUCAAAGGAGCAAGCAGCCUUGCGAGAACAGUUACAGGUCCACAUCCAGACGAUAGGAAUACUGGUAUCAGAGAAGUCUGAGCUACAAACAGCCCUUGCGCACACACAACAGGCCGCUCGGCAGAAAGCGGGAGAAGUUGAGGACCUGGCUUCUCGGUUGCAGUCCUCCCGGCAGAGGAUAUCUGAGCUGGAGCACACUCUUUCCUCCAUCUCUACCCAACAGAAGCAGUCAGAGAAACAUAAUAAAGAGCUGGCAAAAGAACGAGACAGCCUAAAGCUGGAAGUCUACAAGCAGAGCAAAAGCAGUGAAGAACUAAAGCAGCAGAAUUCCGAACUGUCUGAGAAGCUGCGGGUGCUGAUUUCGGAGAACUCGUCCAUGAAGCUGGAUGUGGACGAUCUGCACAAGAAACUGGAAAUGGCAGAACUGAUGAUUCAACAGUUCGCAAGUCAGCCGGGGAUCCCGGAUGCCACUCAGCAGUUGCAAAUGGCGCUGGAGGAGAGAGCAAACUUAGAAGCACAAAUGGCACAGCUUUCGGAGUCUCUCCAGCAACUCCAGGCUGAACGGGAUCGGUACGCCCACAAGCUGAAGGAGGAAGGGGAAAUAUGGCAGCAGAGGGUACAGCUGCUGUCUGAGCAGGUCCAUACUUUGACGGAAGAGAAAGAUCUGAAUGUCACUCGCAUCCAGGAGUUGGAAGCUAAUUUGUCUGAGCUGCUCAGCAGUCAGUUGGCUCCUAAGCCCCAGGAGGCCGAGCCUGCCCCCUCCGCGGGGCCCACGGAAGCAGAGCUGCGCUUGCAGGAAGACGUCCGUCGGCUGCAGAGGGACAGGGAGGAGCUUCGCGAGCAGUGCCGAGCCCAGGUGCAGGACAACGAGCAGCUGAGCCGCCUCAACCGCGAGCAGGAGGAGCAACUGCUGGAGCUGGAGAAGGCCCUGCAGCGUUACAGCGAGGAGGCGGUGGACCGGAAGCAGAUCCUGGAGAACAUGCAGAGCGACAAGGCGACCAUCAGCCGGGCCCUGACCCAGAACCGGGAGCUCAAGGAGCAGCUGGCUGAGCUGCAGAACGGGUUUGUCAAACUGACCAAUGAGAACAUGGAGGUGACGAGUGCCUUGCAGUCCGAGCAGCACGUGAAGAAGGAGCUGGCUAGAAAGAUCGGGCAGCUGCAGGAGAAGCUGGCAGAGCUCAAGGCGACGGUGGAUCAAAAGACAGAAGACGCCCAGGCCCUCCAGGAGCAGCGGGAUCAGUACUACAACCACCUCCAGCAGUACACUACAGCAUACCAGCACCUAGCCCGUGAGAAGGAGGAGUUGCAGAAACAGUUCCUUCUUCAGACCCAGCUCAUGGACCGCCUGCAGCACGAGGAAGUCCAGGGCAAAGUGACGGCGGAGAUGCACUUCAAAGAGCUGCAGCAAGCCAAGGAAAGCCUGGAGACGGUUGCCAAAGAAAACAAAGAGCUCCAGGCCCAUGUCAGCCAGCUCCUGGCAGAACUAGAUGACAAGAUGCUGCCCAGAGCAGAAGGAGAUGGAGUGGAAACCGAAGAGGAGGCUGUUGAGGACAUGAAGGCUUCGCUCAUCAUCCCGGAAGAGUUUGGAAACAGAGAAGAAAUGGUUGCUUUCUUGACGUCUUCCGUGUCCCAAGUGGAGAAGGAGCGCGAGGAGAUGAGGCAGCUGCUGGCUGAGCAGAAGAGGCAGUGCAGAGGCCUCCUACAGCAGGUAGCCGCCUUGAGGAGAGAAGAGCAGCGGCCAGUCACCUCAAGAGCAGGUCCUGUUGUCGAUUCCGUUCCAGCAGAGGUUCACGAAGCCUUAAAGAGUGCUAUGGAGAAGUUGCAGUCCCGUUUCACAGACUUGAUGCGUGAGAAAGUAGAGUUGAAGGAUCGAGUGGAUGAGCUGGAACACCGCUGCAUUCAGCUAUCUGGAGAAACAGACACCAUAGGUGAAUAUAUUGCCUUGUACCAGAGUCAGAGGGCUAUUCUAAAGCAGCGCCACCGGGAGAAAGAGGAGUAUAUCAGCAGACUGGCUCAGGACAAGGAGGAGAUGAAGAUGAAGCUACUGGAGCUCCAGGAACUGGUGAUGCGUUUGGUCAGUGAGCGAAAUGAAUGGUACACAAAAUAUAUGACAGUAGCUCAGACCCAGGAGCCACCAGCCGGCCUAGGGAACGAAGCUGCCGCCAGAGUAGAGAGACGCCUUGACUUGGAUGCUACAGAUACUGAAGGAUUGCGAGAAGUGAGCUUGACAGAUGAGCCGGAACAGGAAGCGGCCGUCCCUGCAUCCCACCCGUUUCACACUGAUGGCAAAGGGCGCCCCCUGCCCGCUCCUCACGAUCCCACUGCCAAGCAGAUCAUGCAGCUGCUGCAUGAAAUCCAAAACCCCCGCGAGAGGCUGGGCUCCCUCUUGGAAAACCCGUGCAUCCCCUUCUUCUAUCGGGCCGACGAGAACGAUGAAGUCAAAAUCAUGGUGGUGUAAACCUGGCACGGGCUUUGGGCCAAGGCAGUGAACGUCCCAGCUUUAUCUGUCCUGCCCACCUCUGCUGAUGCCGGGCAUCCUGUGGCUUCAAAUGGAUCGUGUGCUGUCGGCGGCAUGUGAAGUUCAGGGGUGGGGUGGGGGGGCGCUUGGUUUCCCGGCUCCUGCUCCUGCGAAGCCGGUCUUUCUCUCAGCCAAUGACUCUGUUCUUCAUGUCAGUCACAAUAGCCCUGAGGCCCGUCGUCUUCCCGCUAAUUUAUUCUGCAUCUGGAUGGUUUGGAUUUGGAUUGACUGCUUGCCUCCCGCCGAGGACCGCGGCCCCUUCUGCUUUGCUACACAGCCAGCCUUGUACGCCAGCCUCCUCAGCUGCCUUCAUUCAUCUCGUCCUCCCUGUAACAGGUUGGCUAGCGGGCUAUCUAGACAAGCUCUGCAGAGCAUUCUGUUUCAUUGUAGUUGAACAGGCAGGGUAGUUUGGUGGAUAGUCUUCCCAUUGACCUCUUUUGUGUGUGUGUGUGUGUGGGGGGCAUUUGAUUAAUUGGAGUGUGCUAUUUGGGGGGGGCACUGUGAAAACAUAGCUUGCACUUUCCAAAGUCCCAUACAUCGCCGUCUUAUGGUUAGGCUUUAUUUAUUUUUUAAAAUGCAGGGAAACCCAGCAAAAAGUGCAUCACUGAAUUUUUUGAAAAUGGCCUUUGUUACAGUUUCUGAGGUUUCGGCUAUACCUAGCUGGCUCUCUCUCCAUCCUCCUUGGGCUGCGGUUAUGCUGAAAUUGAGCGUGGGGCCUUUAGAGUAGUUUAUUUCUCUGUGAGACUUUGGUGCAGGACUAGACAGAGGACGUCUGUGUAGGAGCAUGAAGGGACAUGUCAGGUGUACAGUUGCUGUUCAGUGAAAAAGACAUCACAAGUGUGUGCAUCUUGGAGGGAGAGACUUAAGGACUUGCUCUAAGCAUCGCCAGAAUCCUCCCUAGGAAGCCAACUAUAGGAGAUGUAUAUGCACCUCUGUACAUUUGCACAUAGGCAGUGAAAGCGGUGGGCUGGAAAUGCAAGAGGUGGAAGAGAUGCCCUGCCCAUUUGCUCGCCCCUCUUAACGUGUUCUGCUAAUCGGUAAUGUGAUUGAUUUUUCCAUUUUGGUCAGAGCUUUUCCUUUCCAGUACAGUCUGCCAGAAAGAGACCAUCCGAAACCAAAAAGCACACAGGGAAGUUGUAAAAAAACGACACCUUUUCUUCCCCACCCCUCACUUCUAUCAGAGUGAGAUGUAGACUAAAUCACUGCAUUCUUCCAGGCUCUAAAGAGCCGACUGUCUCUGGGUGUCGCCCAGAGGGGGAACAGAGGAGACAUUAAUGAGAGAGACGCAGCCCCGAUGCUGACAGUGUUACUUUUCAGUGCGUUGUGUUGGGGCAAUAGCAAAGCAGGCCCGCAAGCUCCCAUUUGCACGAGUUAAUGUGUACAUAGUGUAUCUGUGUAACAUUUUGUACAUACCUUGAAUAAAGAGAAGAAAACCCUCUCGCAGCAUUUCUGAUUGCUGGAAGGUUACUCGUAAUCUUGUAUUGUAAAAAAUGAUCUAACUUCGACCAGUGGGGUGGGGGGGUGGGGGCAGAAAUGUGAUUUAAUAUGGAACAUUAUUGAAUAUUUAUUGGGUGUCUGGUUUCCAGGAAUGUGAAAAGAGAAAAAAAAAAAGACUAGAGAAAUCUUGCAUUCUACUGCAGAAAUAAUUUAAUCCUGUUAUAAAUUUCUUUCCAAAUAAACCUGUUCCGCCUAGCA